AUUCUCUACAAAAACUGAAAGAUAUAUAGAAAAGCAAAGACAAAGAUUUACCUCUUGCUUGCUUGUUUUUGUAACCAUGGAGAGUGAAAAAACAAACUCCUCGACACCAAAGGGCCGAGGAGUAAACUUCUCAGCCCCUAGAAGCUUUUUUCUUAAAUUUAGUUCAAAAUGUAAGGAAACUUUCUUUCCUGAUGAUCCAUUUAAACCAAUAUCACAAGAGCCAAACGGUUUGAUGAAAACAAAAAAGACAUUGGAGUAUUUUGUUCCAAUCUUUGAGUGGCUACCAAAGUACAAUCUGCAAAAACUAAGGUACGAUGUUCUUGCGGGAAUAACCAUCACUAGUCUUGCCGUUCCUCAGGGUAUCAGUUAUGCUAAUCUUGCCGGUAUCCCUCCCAUCAUUGGUCUAUAUUCAAGUUUUGUGCCGCCAUUUGUGUACGCCGUGUUGGGAAGUUCGAGCACUCUCGCUGUGGGUACAGUUGCAGCAUGCUCUUUGCUGAUCGCUGAGACAUUCGGUGAGGAACUGUUGAAAACGGAUCCCAAUCUCUACCUUCAUUUGAUCUUCACCUCGGCUUUCAUCACCGGUGUAUUCCAAUUUGCUUUGGGAUUCUUCAGGUUGGGCAUGUUGGUGGACUUCUUGUCACACUCGACCAUAACAGGCUUCAUGGGAGGGACAGCUAUAAUCAUUCUCCUCCAACAACUUAAGGGCGUCUUUGGUAUAGUCCACUUUACGCACAAAACCGACGUCGUUUCAGUUCUCCACGCAGUCUUCAGCCACCGUGAUGAGUGGAAAUGGCAAAGUGCACUUGCUGGGGUCUGCUUUCUUACUUUUCUUCAAUCUACUCGAUACAUCAGGAAGAUAAAACCAAAGCUAUUUUGGGUAUCAGCAAUGGGUCCAAUGGUGGUCGUCCUUGUGGGUUGCCUAGUUGCUUAUUUGGUGAAAGGAACAGAACACGGGAUCAAAACUGUUGGGCCUUUAAAGAAAGGACUAAAUCCUCCUUCUAUUCAAUACUUGACCUUCGAUGCCAAGUAUCUGCCGUCGGUUUUGAAGGCUGGAAUCGUUACUGGGCUCAUCGCUUUGGCGGAAGGGAUUGCCAUUGGAAGAAGCUUUGCUGUCAUGAAGAACGAACAAACGGACGGGAACAAAGAGAUGAUAGCAUUUGGUCUUAUGAACAUAAUCGGUUCCUUUACGUCUUGCUAUUUGACAACAGGACCGUUUUCAAAGACAGCAGUGAACUACAACGCGGGGACAAAGACACCAAUGUCCAACAUAGUGAUGGGCUUUUGCAUGAUGCUCGUGCUUCUCUUCCUAGCGCCUCUAUUCAGCUACACACCACUAGUUGCUCUCUCGGCUAUCAUUAUGUCAGCCAUGUUGGGCCUCAUCGACUACGAGGAGAUGUACCAUCUCUUCAAGGUUGACAAGUUUGAUUUCCUCGUAUGCAUGUCUGCUUUCUUCGGUGUCUCCUUAAUAAGCAUGGACUACGGUCUGAUCAUUUCCGUUGGGUUCUCUGUCCUAAGAGCAUUGUUGUACGUUGCACGGCCCUCGACUUGUAAAUUGGGAAGAAUACCAAACUCGGUUAUGUUUCGAGACGUAGAACAGUACCCCGGUGCUGAGGAGAUGCUUGGUUAUGUCAUUCUUCAAAUGGGUUCUCCUAUCUUCUUUGCCAACAGUACUUAUGUCCGUGAAAGGAUUUUGAGGUGGAUUCGUGAUGAACCUGAAGGCGUCGAGUUUCUUCUCCUUGAUCUCUCUGGGGUUUCAAGCGUUGACAUGACCGGGAUGGAAACACUGCUCGAAGUGCGGAGAAUACUUGGAUCAAAAGGCAUCAAGAUGGUGAUAAUAAAUCCAAGAUUUGAAGUCUUAGAAAAGAUGAUGUUAUCACAUUUUGUAGAGAAGAUAGGAAAAGAGUAUGUGUUCCUAUCCAUUGACGAUGCGGUUCAAGCCUGCCGGUUUAAUCUUUCCACCGCCAAACCCGAACCCUGACACUGUUUAUCAAUGGAGGGUUCUAAUAAAAGUCGUAUUUUAGGUUCUGUGCUCAAAUAAACAAUAACUAGCUAGUCUCUUCUAGACUACUAUAACUACUACGUGAAUGCUUCGUGGGUAUGCUUGUAACAUAAAGAAACCGAGUGAGAUAUGGAAGUUAGAGAGAUGGAGAUUUCAAUAUCA